GUCUGAGGGAACUUUGAUCACUUCAGUUGUUAGCUUAGCAGCGGAGACUUACGUCUCUAUUUAUAGUUUUCUUACUCCGCAUUUAUUCGACUAGCCUUUUUAAAGAGAUGUGGUUUAUUUAUUUACUCAGCUGGCUGUCGCUGGUGGUGCAGAUAUGUUUUAUUACUCUCGCUAUUGCUGCGGGCCUGUAUUACUUGGCGGAGUUGAUAGAGGAGUACACUGUUGCCACCAGUCGCAUUAUAAAAUAUCUAAUAAUGUUUUCCACAGCCAUGCUGGUGGGGCUCUACCUGUUUGAGGGCUUCCCCAUGCUCAUGAUUGGAGUGGGUCUCUUCACUAACCUGGUUUACUUUGGUCUGCUGCAGACGUUUCCCUACAUUAUGCUCAGCUCUCCAAACUUUAUCCUCUCAUGUGUACUGGUUGUGUUAAACCACUAUAUGGCCUUCCAGUAUUUUGCAGAGGAGUAUUAUCCUUUCUCUGAGGUUCUAGCAUACUUCACAUUAUGCCUCUGGGUGAUUCCGUUCUCUUUCUUCGUUUCUCUUUCUGCUGGGGAGAAUGUCCUUCCCUCCACUGUGCAGCAGGGAGAUGACGUGGUGUCAAACUACUUCACUAAAGGCAAGCGGGGCAAGCGCUCCGGCAUCCUGCUCGUUUUCUCUUUCUUGAAAGAGGCUGUUUUGCCAAGCCGACAAAAGAUGUACUGAAGAAGCAGUUAAAGUUGAAUACAGAAUUGAUGGCGGAGUGCUGGUAUGGGGAUGUUCAGACCACCGUCCCUUUAAAACGGACAGCAUCUUUUUUUGUGGGAGGGUUUUUAUUUGGAAUGAUGGAGAUAGAAUCUGUAGCUGAGGGAGAGGACCACAUCUGAACAAAUGCACAUAGAAACUCCUGAAAUGAACAGUCUGUCUGUUAAUUCAUAAGAGAGUCGUCAGCUAAUUCUUUUUAGACGUCCCAAGCCAUGAAUGGACUUCACAAGUCUUCAAUUUUUAAAGGCUUUAUUGUUUUGAUGGUGUCUGUAUGUGGAUGAUGGUGGAAGGGGGCUUUGGCUGCUAGAGACGAGACAGCAGUACUGUCAAUCGAGGCUCCUGAUGAUUUUCUUCUAAUUGUGUCACUUCAGAAGCCAAUGUGUCUGUCCAUCAAUGAAUAAAGGUGUCUGUUUUUUUUUUUUUCCUCCAAUUUGUCAUUAAAAGCAAUAUUUUACCCCAAAUCCAAUUCUCUUCAAUUUAGAUACAUAAUACACUAAACAUAUUUAAUUAACUGUGUGAAGUAUUUGCUGAAAUUUUAUAUCAACUGGUGGUUUGACAAGUACAAAAAAUAAAAUAAAAAAAAUAGAUUGGUGGGUAAAAUAUUGCUUUGAAUGAAAUGAGCACCAUUGGGUUGGCCAUGCCCAAUAUUGUGUGCUAAACAAUAUUCUAAUAAAAUUCAGUUGUAUGAGUUUUUAGAAAGGUGAACAGUCAUGUACACUUAAGAAUCAAAUAUAAGUGGGUGAAUCUCACAAAAAAAAUAACAACGAUUUCAUGACAUUUAAGCACUUUUUUGACCUUCAAUUCCUGCAAUUCAUCAUGACAUUUGACUUUUUUUCUAUUUUUCAUUCUUAAUGGUGAUUGUCAUAAAAUUUCCAUAACUAAUACAUGAAUGUGUACUGUAUUAUAGAUACAAUUGUGCAAAAAAAAUUCAAUACGCAUAAAGGCAGCACAAUAAAUAUGACCAUGAAGUCUACUUUACAAAGUAUAUCAUUUUUACUGUAGGAUAUUACAGUAAUGAGAAUGAUAAUUAUUUUGCAUUAUGGUAAUUCAAAUGGAGCUGUUCAGCUUGUAAACCCACACAGAAGGCCAUGGAAUCCCUCUGGAUGUUCCUGUGGGUUUUUAUAAUGGAAGUAAAUGGAGUAAAAUAAUGUCUGUGGGAUGUUGCUUCAGUAUGGCUAAAAAUGUAUGCUUGGCAUAUGACUAAUUUAUGUUGUAGAGCAAAACAUACAUUUAUUUUCAAGUGAUGUUUACCAUGCUCACAUGGUACCUUAUUUGCUCACAAAUUCAAAACUGCCAUUAUAAAAACCCAUUGGAAAAUUCUGAGGGGGAACACAUGGUGAAUUAGCCUUCCGGGUUCGCCUACAAAUUGCCAUCACAGCUGAACAGUAUGGAAUGAUAUUCCGGACAUUAUUCAAAAGGAAUUGCAAAUUGUAUUUGCAAUUGCGUUUUCAAUUUGUGGACGCAUAAAAUGUGACAAUCCAAACGCAAUUGCAAAUCGCGCAUUACGGUUUGCAUUUUCGUUUAAGUGAACGCACAGUGACUGCCAGAUUUCAAAUGGAAAAGCAAAGUCCGUUUGCAACUGUGUUUCCCAUAUCUUACGAGUUUUGGCCCUGUCAUAUUUAAAUAGCAAUUUCAAUUACCACGUCUGCUUUUUCACUUUCUCAGCGUCGCGUAUGUAGCCAGCCAAAACUCAAAUGGAAUACUAAUUCCCUUAGUAUUUCCAUUUCAGAUGCCUUACACAGAAACCUGUCAAUCAGGGUCAAGGGUGGGAUUAUGCUAUGGGGCGUGUUUGUCUUGGGAAGUGACAUCACUCACAGUCUAUCAGGAUCAAUAAUUAGCACUGCACUUUAUUCAUCUAUAAUCUCACACUGGACUGUCAACAUAUUCUCCUCAAUAUACUACUUCAUAUAUAUAUAUUUCAUAUACUCCUACUUAUUGUAUUGUAUAUUGUGUGUAUUGUUUACUGUACAUUGUAUAUAAUUAUUGUGUUGUGUAAGUAUGUGUACAUUUGAUAUGUAAAUUGUUUUGUGUAAGUAUGUUGUUUACUGUAAUUGGUAUAUGUCUCGUCACUGUCAUGACUGCUAUGUUGCUCGGAACUGCACACAAGAAUUUCACCUACUGUUGCACUUGUGUACAUGGUAGUGUGACAAUAAAGUGAUUUGAUUUGAUUUGAUAAACCGGCAUCUGUUCAGGGCAUCACCUCUUGACCGUCGACUGUGAGUGACGUCACUUCCCAAGACAAACACGCCCCAUAGCAUAAUCCCACCCUUGACCCUGAUUGACAGGUUUCUGUGUAAGGCAUCGGAAAUGGAAAUACUAAGGGAAUUAGUAUUCCAUUUGAGUAUUAGAAAAUCAGUUAUUUUGAAUUCUUAUAAUAAAGGUGGCUUAAAUUUCAUUGAUUUUGAUUCUCUUAACAAUACCUUAAAAAUUAAUUGGCUUAAACGUUUCCUUCACAAUCAAUCUUCUAUUUGGAGUAUAAUCCCAAGAUAUAUUUUUUCUCAAUUAGGAGGUAUACAUUUUCUUUUAAUGUGCAAUUAUUCAAUUAGUAAACUUCCUGUCAAACUUUCCAAUCAUCAUCAGCAGAUGCUUAUGGCUUGGAAACUUAUUUACAAGCAUAAUUUCUCGCCACACAAUUUUUUAAUUUGGAACAACUGUAAUAUUCUUCAUAAGAGGAAAUCUUUAUUUCUUGAAAACUGGUUCAAUAAUGGGGUGAUAUUAGUAAACCAGCUAUUUGAUAGUGAAGGUAAUUUAUUUAAUUAUUCCGAUUUUGUUUCAGGAUACCAAUUCCCAGUAUCUAGUAAAGAAUUUAAUAUAGUUUUCAAGGCCAUCUCUUUGGAAAUCUGUAUGCUGUUUAGAAACAAUAAUAGUGCUACAGUGACUUCUGUUUCUCCCCUAACCCUGAAUCUACUGUGGUUGGUUCUAUUUGUUUUUCAAUACAUAAAUCCAAUUAUAAAAUUAGGUCAUUAUUUUUGGACCCUGUUACUUCAAUUCCUUCCUCCAUUUCUUAUUGGAAUAACCUUUUUGAUGAUAUUAAAUGGUCAUAUGUUUGGUCACUUCCUCAGAAAUUCUUUCUAACUAAUAAAGUUAAAGAAAUAUCCUAUAAAAUUAUUCAUAGAUUUUAUCCAGUUAAAUACUUUUUAAAGAAAUUUAGAAAUGAUAUUGAUACUUCCUGCUCUUUUUGUGAAGCCUCCUCUGAAACUGUUGAUCAUUUGUUUUGGGAAUGUCUUUUUACUCAGUCUUUCUGGAACAAUAUUGAUGCUCUGAUUGUCCAAAAGGUUUUAUGUAACUUUUCUUUAUCAUAUAGACACAUUCUUUUUGGAUUUUAUGUUAAAGACAAGAAUCUAAUUAAUGCAUGUUUUUGUAUAAACCUUCUUUUAUAUAUUGGAAAGUUUCAUAUCCAUAAAUGUAAAUAUAUGAAAAGUAAACCCCACUUUAGCUUUUUCAAAGAAGAAUUGAAGAUGUAUUUAAAUACAAUUUCAACUUCUGUUAACAAGAAAGCAAUUAAAACAUCCAGAAUUAGUGCCAUGUUUAAUAUUCUCUCUUAAUGUUUUUUUCUUUUGUGCCCUCUUCUUCUUUUUAAUUUUUUCUUUCUUCUCUUACUCUCUUUUCUUUUUAGACUAUUGUUGAAUAUAUUUAAAUUUCUUUCACAUUUCCUCUCUUAAUGUAUUCUGAACCAUAAUUUCUCUUUUGUUUUGAAAGAUUGUUUAUAUUUCUUGUAUGUAUCGUCUUGUUCUGUUUGUUAAUAUUGCAAUAAAAAAAA